AUGACUGCCUGGUGGACAAGGCAGGAAGGCCAAGCCUUCACUUCAGCAAGGAACUACUGCCGGGGGAACUUUACACCAAAGAGGACCAAUGUAAUUUCGCUGAGGGCGCCACCUUCAGCCCCUACGUCACCUCCAAAUAUCCCUACAACUUCGUGUGCCGGGAGUUGUGGUGCCAGAACACGACACGCCUUACGCACACACCCGGCGCUAGAGGGCACCGCCUGCGCGGUUAAAAAGUUCUGCAUUAAUGGGCAGUGUGUUAGUAAACCAGCCAAGGCCACUCAGUCAAAGACCACCGCAACCGUCGACACCACCACCAAGCCUCCCAACAACAGGAAAAAGCAGGCCAGAUCCGCCAACAACAUCCCCACCACCAGCUCUCCCUCCGGCUUCUCCGGCAUCUUCAGGAGAAUGAAAGACUUCUUCAAAAGAUACUUGUUCCUGAGCGGCGGACUUCCCAGGGCUGUGUUCACCUCGCAGUGGGUGUUGACCAACUUAACGGAGUGCACUGCAGAGUGUGGGGGCGGCUGGCGCGAGAACCUGGUCACCUGUACUGCUGCAGGGGGCGCUGUCCCUCUCUCAGACGAAAUGUGCGAUCCCUUCUCCCGCCCACCAGUCAAAGCCAGCUGCAACACCACUCCUUGUUCUAGACCUUCUGUACCUUCAUCUUCAUCUGAAUCAGGGCGAGCCAUCAACUUCCCCAGCGGGACGACGUCCAUGUCUAGAGCCUCCUGUACCACACUUAUUGUAGUUAAGUUUCUGACACUCUCUUCCGUCCCUCUGCGAAGACUUCUUUCACCUCCUGUGCAUUAUUGUUGCCAUCCUCUACAUCAUGGCGGAUGCUCUCUCUCACAAGUGAAGGACUCGACGUGUAAGUCCUAGAUGUAUUAUAACACAACAAAUGAAUUUCUUGCCACUUUCCUGACCAGAAGUACAUGUUACAUUACGUGAUAGCAACCAUGCCACCAGUAUACUGUACGGUACACCAAGGACCAUAACCGAGCCACGAGUCACCCGGGUAAUGUGUCUACCUGCCACCACCUGGAUAUGGAGCCACUGUCACCUCCAGGCAUUGGUGUUACGGAAGACAUUCACUUCACCUGGCUAUAUAUGUCUGAACUCUCACUUCCCUAUCUGAAAUAUAUUAAAACAAAGAGGUCAGAAAUUUGGCGCUACAUUUACAAGAUGUAUAAAAAAGAAAAAAAUUUAAAAUGAAAGCCAGAAAGUGAAAAACUUGACCCUGAAUCUCCUCCAUCAACCCUCCUUCAAAGACCCAUAAUUAUAUAAUUAUAUAGGCACUGCAGACGACUCGGUGGCUCCCUGACGUCCGCUCAUCAUCACACGACUAUCAAGUUCUUCGUACAGUAUAACUAACUUGUCGUAAGAUGCUCAUUAAGUAUUUGAUGCAAAUUCUUAAAUUACUCGUAACUCAACUCCGUCCAUACGUUGUGAUAUGUAGUUGUAGUUGUUUAUAAGAAAGAUGUAGCAGAAAGAGAUGUACUAUAUAGGACUAUACGGUUAUAUAAUACGUAUAUAACCGUAUAAACCUAUAUAUUAUUGUUAAUUACCUCACCUACACUGAAGGACAUUAGUAUGUAUGUGUGGUAUUGUUUUGUCCUGAGACAAACGUAUUAAGAAGUGCUUAUACCUGUCCAGUGUCCACACCCGUGUUUGUUUAUGCUUUUACAUGAGACAAUACUAAGGACUCACACACGCACACUUUAAACCCCUAAAUAUAACCCAUUAGUUAACUUUAAUACUCAGUUACAUCAAUUCCCGCAUAUUCGCCUUUACAGCAUUUCAUCAGCAACAACAUUCACCUCUGACCAUGAUGACUGCCCACAUCAUCAUCAACUCGUGUAUUGUUCUGAAUAUUGUUAUUAAUUUACAUAUUUUGUAACCCAAACAGUAAUUUCAUUUUGUUGAUUAAUUAUGAAUUUCUGUAGUAUUUUUUCCAUUGGCAAGUUUUUUUUUGUCAUAGUUAUCAGUUCGGGUUUAUUUUACUUAGAAGUGAAUAGAUAUUAUUAGUCAUAUUUCUUUAUAUUAUUGUAAGGUUCGUAUAUAAGUGUGUGUGUAGUGAUGUGUGUACAAAUAAUGUGUCUAUGUACUGUACACAUACACGAAAAUAACAAUAUAUAGUUAUUUUAUUCUUGUUUAAAUAAUUAUGUGAUAGUCAUUAACGAAUUAUCUGUGAUACUGAAGACUGUUCUGUCUA